AUGAUAUUUCGAAUUUCACUCCCCAUAUCUAAAACUCUUAUGACUUAUAACUAUACUGCAACUUCGAACGACUCCAAAUGCAGAUCAAAUGAAAACAAGACUGAGAAUCAAAUACCUGUCAACACCGAGGAAACUGGACUUAAAACAAAACAGAAACAGCACUACAACCACCUCCAGGAAUACGAAAACUACUGUUACAAGAAAAAACCAGCGUCAUAUUAUCUUUGGUCCAAAAGCUACCGAGUACGGCACAAACCAUUAAGAUUGGAUAGGUUCCCAAAAAAUGAAUUGAAGAAAAUCCGCUGCGGUAUAUUCAUUGGACAUCAAGACCAUCGAUGUGCAUAUUGUCCGUUCCACGGGAUUAAACAUGGCUACACUUUACAACCAACAUUGAAUUGCAUUUGUCGCUUCAAAUCGGUUGCACCAAGUCCAUUGAAGCAUGAUAUAACUAAAUACAUGAUUAUGAAAAGACAUCCAGUCUUUGAUAACAAACAUGUAUACUGGAACACCGGAAGUAAACAGAUAGACAGAAUUAUAAACCACAUGUGUAUGAACUCAACCAACAAAAGGAAUUGA